CGGAGCAGCCGGCCCCCCGGCUCGCCUUGGCCUGGGGGAGGAGGCUGCGGCUGCGGCUGCGGCCUGCGCCGCUUGGCGGAGGCCACGGAGGAGAUGGGGAGGCGGGCGCAGCAGACCCAAGGGUGGAGAAGGGGCAAGGCGAGGACGCGCGCUCCCGGGCUCGUGACCGCUGGCGCCCCGGGAGCCGGUGCCCACACAGCCCGGCUCGCAGAGAUGGCAGGCGGCGGGGACCUGCGCGUCGCGGGCACCCUCCACCUGCUGCUCCUGCUGGCCGCGGGCUUGAGUCGGGGUGCCGCUUCCUGGACGGAGGAGAAGAAUCAUCACCAACCAGCCAUUCUGAAUUCCUCUUCUCUUCGGCAAGUUGUAGAAGGCACCCAUAUUUCUGAAAUGUGGCAAAAUGACUUACAGCCAUUGCUAAUAGAGCGAUAUCCGGGAUCCCCUGGAAGCUAUGCUGCUCGACAGCACAUCAUGCAGCGAAUCCAGAGACUUCAGGCUGACUGGGUCUUGGAAGUAGAUACUUUCUUGAGCAGGACACCUUAUGGGUACCGGACUUUUUCAAAUAUCAUCAGCACCCUUAACCCCACUGCCAAACGACACUUGGUCCUCGCCUGCCACUAUGACUCCAAGUAUUUUCCCCAGUGGGACAACAGGAUGUUUGUGGGAGCCACUGAUUCAGCGGUGCCAUGUGCAAUGAUGUUGGAACUUGCUCGUGCCUUAGACAAGCAACUCCUUUCCUUGAAGAAUAUAUCAGAUUCCAGGCCAAGUCUGUCACUCCAGCUAAUUUUCUUUGAUGGGGAAGAGGCAUUCCUUCACUGGUCUCCUCAAGAUUCUCUGUAUGGGUCUCGACACUUAGCUCAGAAGAUGGCAUCAACCCCGCACCCACCUGGAGCCAGAGGCACCAACCAACUUCACAGCAUGGAUUUAUUGGUCUUGUUGGAUUUACUUGGAGCUCCAAAUCCAACAUUUCCCAAUUUUUUCCCAAACACAGACAGAUGGUUUAAUAGACUUCAGGCAAUUGAACAUAAACUCCAUGAAUUGGGUUUUCUCAAGGAUCACUCUUUGGAGAGGACAUAUUUCCAGAAUUUUGGUUCUGGAGGUAUUAUUCAGGAUGACCAUAUUCCAUUUUUGAGAAAAGGUGUUCCAGUUCUGCAUCUGAUACCAUCUCCUUUCCCUGAAGUCUGGCACACCAUGGACGAUAAUGAAGAAAAUUUGGACGAGGCAACCAUUGACAACCUAAACAAAAUCAUACAAGUGUUUGUGUUGGAAUAUCUUCAUUUGUAAUAUUCUGAUUUAAUUCCUGGUAAUUGCUUCUAUAUCAAAUUCAAAAGUUAAAGCAUCAUUUAAAAUAAUCUAAUUCCAGAUAAAUGUGCAGAAACUUCUAUAAAUUUACUCUCUGGGUGUCUUUGAAUAUGUGAUCAAUGAAUCAUAGAAUUAUACUAUGUUUUCAGUUGCUUUUAAUUUUUAUCUAGACAUGAAAAGGGAACAUGUAAAGAAAACAGAAAAUAAACAUCUUUUAAAAACUCAUUUAGAUAAAGACUACAAAAUAAAAUCAGAUUCACUUAUUCAGUGUUUUCAGACAAUACUAAAUAUGUUGAUGGUGUGCCAUAUGUACCCUUAAUUUUAUGAUUUUUCAUACUUGGGAAUCUAUUAUACAAUAUAAAAUGGAAAUGUACUUUGAACAUUUUCAGCCCUCUUUGAGAAAUCUUUGUAGGGUUAAUUUUAUGCAAAUUAAAAUCAGAAUUAAAUGCCA